AUGGCGGCUCUGGGGACUUCAAGUGACUCCAUUCUAAAAGAUGUAGUAGCUUAUGUCGAAGUGUGGUCAUCCAAUGGAACAGAAAAUUAUUCAAAGACAUUUACGAGCCAACUUGUGGAUAUGGGGGCAAAGGUUUCAAAAACUUUUAACAAACAAGUGACCCACGUUGUAUUCAAAGACGGAUACCAGAGCACUUGGGACAAAGCACUGAAGAAAGGAGUAAAGCUUGUUUCAGUGCUCUGGGUUGAAAAAUGCAGGACAGCUGGAGCACACAUUGAUGAAUCAUUAUACCCUGCAGCUAAUACUAAUGAAAAGUUACCAAGCCUAAUUAAAAAAAAAGUAAAUAAUGAUGUACCCGCUCUUUUAUUUGAAUCGAAUCGUUCAUUGAUGUAUAGCCCUAUGACAAUUGCAAGUCAUCAUCACAGUUCGAUGGAGAAGAGAUUGCAGGAGAUGAAGGAAAAAAGAGAAAAUCUUUCCCCUACGUCUUCUCAAAUGAUCGAAAAGUCUCAUGAAAGUCCAGUUAACCCUCUGUGUCUAGCAACUUUGGACACUUUUCAUGAUACUUCAUCUUCAGAUGAAUCCUUUGCUGGUGAUUUACACUCAUCUUUUUACGAUAUUUGUGGAAAAUCAGGAUGUAGAAAUCAGGAAAUGAAAUUGGGAGGACUCAGUAAUGAAACUGCAAGUAAUAUUUGUAUGUCUUCACCUGUAUUGAGAACAAGUAGUAUUCAUUCAUCACCAUCUUGCAGCGACCUCAACAAAUUAAUACCUCAGGCACCCAUGAAUAAUUUUUCAAAUGAAAAAAUAAACUGUCAGAGUGAUAGUGUAGGUGAAAUGGUCACCGCUGAAAAAAAGCAGUCUGAAAGAAUAUCAGAAGAGAUACUUGAUGAGAAAUACAGUGUGUCUCCUAUUUUAUUUACAACAGAAGGCCACUCUUUGGUAGACUCAAGACCCAGAAGUUCCUUAGCAAAGAGAAAAAGAAUGUCUCCGUACUUAUAUUCACCUGCAAAAGAAAAAUUAAAGCAAAGAAGGUACAAUUCUACCACACCAAAAUUACAACUAUGCAAGUCAGAAAACACUCCACAGGCCACUACCACAUCUGUUCCAGAGAGUCCUAAUUGUGGCGAGUCUUCAUAUGAGGAUUAUUUUUCACCUUCAAAUCUUAAGGAAAGGAAUUCAAAGAGUCUUCUUGCUGAAUUUCAGUCAUCCUCAAGCCCUGUUCAGUUCAACAGCAGAAAAAGUCUUUCUAAGAACGAGAGAGCAAGUGUAUUAGAAAUGUCUGACUUUUCCUCUAUGGGUGAAAAAUUCAGAUCGGUUGACAUUAACAAUUCAACCACAAAAACUAGCUCCAAUCUUCAGAAACCUCCAAACUAUGGAGGAAAUACUUCUUCGAGUUUCAUGACUUCUAAGGGAACAUCUACAACUGAAGAGACUCUGGGGUGUUGUAGACAAGGUGAUCCUCAGAAAAGAGAAGAGCCAUCUCAAGAAGGAAAUAACUUUUCUCCUAUUGGUGAACUGGUUCAUCAAAAAGAAUGCCUGCAGAAGGGACACCAUGGUAACCUAACUCCUUUGAAAAGAAAUGCUAAUGAAAUGAAAGAAUUGACUAAUAUUAAAAGCAUGCAGAAAGAAGGUACCACUUCUAAAAUGUUGGAAUCUUCUGAAAAUGAAACACAACAUGAUUAUAAGCUAAAUGCUGUAGAGGACUGUAAUGUAGAAAUAUCUACAGAAGAAACAAAACUCUUAUCCAGAGGAUAUAGUGAAAGUGUGGCAAAUGAACAACAAAUAAGCCAAGAUGUUUUACAUGACUCACAUGAAGGCUUUAGGAAUCUCCUCAAGCCUCAUGAAGAAUCAAACGCAACAAGCAAAGUCAAGAAGCCAACCAGAACAUUAGUCAUGACAAGCAUGCCAUCCGAAAUGCAAAAUGUCAUCACUCAGGUUGUGAAUAAGUUGAAAGGCUUUUCAUUUUCAUUGGAAGUAUGUGAAACAACUACUCAUGUGGUCACAGGGAAGCCUCUUCGAACUCUUAAUGUGCUGCUGGGAAUUGCACGUGGCUGCUGGAUUCUUUCUUAUGAAUGGAUACUCUGGUCUUUGGAAAUGGGUCAUUGGAUUUCUGAGGAGCCGUUUGAGCUUUCUAACUACUUCCCCGCAGCACCAGUCUGCCGACUGGAGUGCCAUUUAUCAGCAGGACAAUACCAAGGAAAUCUCUUUUCUGGGCAGCCAGUGAUGUUCAUCACUCCAGCCAGUAACCCCCCACCUGCCAAGCUGUGCGAACUUGUCAGACUGUGUGGAGGCCAGAUCACCCAAGUCUCACGCCAGGCCAGCAUCUUCAUCGGCCCCUACAAAGGAAAGAAGAAAGCAACCAUCAAGUAUUUGUCAGAAAAAUGGAUCUUAG